AUGGUUACUACAAAUAAUGACUCCGUAGCGCCUGUGCGCCAAGUACGGAAAGUACAAUUCGGUAUUAUUUCACCGGAUGAAAUACGACGUAUGUCAGUCACAGAAGGUGGUAUACGCUUCUGUGUAACCACGGAGGGUGGCAAGCCCAAGCUAGGUGGACUAAUGGACCCAAGGCAGGGCGUGAUUGACAGACAUUCUAGGUGCCAAACAUGUGCCGGAAACAUGGCAGAAUGUCCUGGGCACUUUGGGCACAUUGAUCUAGUCAAACCAGUUUAUCACAUUGGUUUCAUAACGAAAACUAUUAAAAUAUUACGAUGUGUUUGUUUCUAUUGCUCUAAGCUCCUAGUGAAUCCGUCAAACCCGAAAAUUAAAGAAGCUGUAAUGAAAACAAAAGAGCAAUCUCGCAAGAGAUUGACUUUGGUGUAUGACUUGUGCAAGGGAAAAAAUAUUUGUGAGGGUGGUGAAAUAAUUGAUAUUGAGAAGGUGGAAGAGGAAACUAAGAAUGUGCCUGGACAUGGAGGUUGUGGCCACUACCAGCCCGCUAUAAAACGGGUUGGCUUGGACAUCUUAGCGGAAUGGAAACAUGUCAAUGAAGACACACAGGAAAAAAAGAUAACGAUAACUGCUGAAAGAGCAUUGGAAAUUCUUAAACAUAUUACAGAUGAGGAGGCCUUCAUUUUGGGCAUGGAUCCUAAAUAUGCAAGACCUGAUUGGAUGAUAGUCACUGUAUUACCCGUCCCGCCGCUCUCAGUGCGGCCUGCAGUGGUAAUGUUUGGAACAGCUAAGAACCAGGACGAUAUGACAUACAAAUUGGCAGAUAUAAUAAAAUCAAACAAUGAGCUGAUGAAAAGUCAACAAAAUGGAGCAGCAGCUCAUAUAAUAACCAACAAUAUAAGGAUAUUGCAAUUCCAUGUAGCGACUUUAGUGGAUAAUGAUAAACCUUGGAUGCCAAAAGCUAUGCAGAAAUCAGGAAAACCACUGAAAGCUAUCAAGGCACGCUUGUCUGGAAAAGAAGGGAGAAUAAGAGGAAAUUUGAUGGGAAAACGUGUGGAUUUCUCAGCACGUACUGUCAUUACACCCGACCCCAACUUACGUAUUGACCAAGUAGGAGUGCCAAAAUCUAUUGCACAGAAUUUGACUUUCCCGGAGUUAGUAACACCAUUCAACAUUGAUAAAUUGCAAGAAUUAGUACGACGUGGCCCGUCACAAUACCCGGGGGCUAAGUACAUAGUCCGUGACAAUGGAGAGAGGAUAGAUUUGCGGUUCCAUCCCAAACCAUCAGACUUACAUUUACAAUUUGGAUACAAAGUGGAACGCCAUCUGAGGGACGACGAUUUGGUUAUCUUCAAUCGGCAGCCCACAUUGCACAAAAUGAGUAUGAUGGGGCACAGGGUAAAAGUAUUGCCAUGGUCAACAUUCCGGAUGAAUUUGAGUUGUACUUCUCCAUAUAAUGCAGACUUUGAUGGGGAUGAAAUGAACUUGCAUGUGCCUCAAUCAAUGGAGACAAGAGCCGAAGUAGAGAAUAUCCACAUAACACCUAGACAAAUAAUUACUGCACAAUCUAACAAACCCGUCAUGGGAAUAGUACAAGAUACACUAACUGCCGUCAGAAAAAUGACCAAGAGAGACGUGUUCUUAACAAAAGAACAGUUAAUGAACCUUGUUAUGUUUUUACCUAUUUGGGAUGGUAAAAUACCACAACCUUGCAUUUUAAAACCACAACCACUUUGGUCCGGUAAACAAUUAUUUACAUUGAUAAUUCCUGGAAAACUCAAUAUGAUGGCCAUGCAUUCUGACGAAGAUGACGGUACCGACAAAUGGAUUUCGCUUGGUGAUACUAAAGUAGUGGUAGAAAAUGGAGAACUACUUAUGGGAAUAUUAUGCAAAAAGUCUCUGGGCGCUUCAGCUGGCUCCCUGCUUCAUAUUUGCGUGUUGGAACUCGGACAUGAAAUUGCUGGUCAAUUCUACGGCAAUAUUCAAACAGUCAUCGACAAUUGGCUUCUGAUUGAAGGUCACUCUAUAGGUAUUGAAGAUACAAUUGCUGAUCCUAAAACGUACAGAGAAAUUCAACAAGCUAUUGUUCGAGCUAAAGAUGAUGUUGUAGAGAUAACACAAAAAGCACAUAAUAUGGAAUUGGAGCCUACUCCUGGCAAUACGCUGAAACAAUCUUUCGAAAAUAAAGUUAACAGUAUUCUAAAUGACGCACGUGAUAAGACUGGUAGAACAGCAAUGAAAUCACUGACUGAAUACAAUAAACUCAAAGCUAUGGUCAUAUCGGGAUCAAAAGGUUCGAGUCUAAAUAUUUCGCAAGUGAUUGCCUGUGUAGGACAACAAAAUGUUGAAGGCAAACGUAUUCCAUUUGGCUUCCGGAAAAGAACCUUACCACACUUCAUUAAGGAUGAUUAUGGCCCUGAAUCAAGAGGAUUUGUAGAAAAUUCGUACCUUGCUGGUUUAACUCCUUCAGAAUUCUAUUUUCAUGCUAUGGGCGGCCGUGAAGGUCUUAUUGAUACUGCCGUAAAGACUGCUGAUACAGGUUAUAUACAGCGUCGACUUAUAAAAGCUAUGGAAUCUAUAAUGGUACAUUAUGAUGGGACCGUACGUAACUCUGUUGGUCAAGUAAUUCAACUAAGAUAUGGCGAAGAUGGCUUAGCUGGAGAAAAGGUGGAAUCGCAGAAUUUACCAACCAUUAAACUUUCAAACAAGGCAUUCGAGCGCAAGUUCAAGUUUGAUAUUUCAAACGAAGAAUAUUUAUCAAGCGUAUUCAGCGACAAUAUUCGAAAAGAAGUUAUGGACUCUGAUUAUGUUAUUUCUGAAAUUGAAAGUGAAUGGGACCAACUUAAUAAGGACAGACAUAUAUUGCGUCAAAUGUUCCGUAGUGGGGAUUCCAAAGUAGUACUGCCAUGCAAUUUGAAAAGAAUGAUUUGUAACGUUGAACAAAUCUUCCAUAUAAACAAAAAAAUGCCGACCGAUCUGAGCCCUAGCAAAGUCAUUCGAGGAGUCAAGGACCUUUUGAAGAAAUGCGUUAUUGUAGUUGGAGAUGACAAUAUUUCGAAACAAGCGAAUGAAAACGCCACCUUGUUGUUUCAAUGCUUAGUAAGAUCAUCACUUUGUACAAAGGUCAUUGCCGAAGAACUCCGUUUGACAAGUGAGGCUUUUGAUUGGUUGAUUGGAGAAAUUGAGACUCGUUUUCAACGGGCUCAAGUUGACCCCGGAGAGAUGGUGGGGGCACUUGCUGCACUAUCUCUUGGAGAGCCUGCUACACAGAUGACAUUGAAUACUUUUCAUUUUGCUGGAGUCUCGUCUAAAAACGUUACUCUUGGUGUGCCAAGGCUUAAUGAACUGAUCAAUGUUUCAAAGAAACCGAAGGCACCUUCGCUGACAGUGUUCUUAGCUGGUGGUGUAGCAAGAGAUGCUGACAAAGCUAAAGACGUACUUUCUAGACUGGAACACACUACACUACGUAAAAUAACUGCGAACACUGCAAUUUUCUACGAUCCUGAUCCUCUGAAUACAGUUAUUCCCGAAGACCAAGAAUUCGUAACUGCUUACUACGAGAUGCCAGAUUUUGAUCCAAUAAAAAUAUCGCCUUGGCUUUUACGUAUUCAAUUGGAUCGUAAGCGAAUGACCGACAAGAAACUAACCAUGGAACAGAUCGCAGAAAAAAUUUACGCUGAAUUUGGGGGUGAUUUGAUUUGCAUCUUCAACGACGAUAACGCUGAAAAGCUUGUAUUGCGUAUAAGAGUUAUCAAUAACGACGUAAGCACAUUCGAGAAUAAUGAAGAAGAAAAUACAGAUAAAAUGGAAGAUGAUAUGUUUUUAAGAUAUAUUGAGUCCGAUAUCUUAUCUGAUAUGACCCUUCGAGGUAUAGAAUCUAUUGAGAAAGUGUACAUGCACUUACCUCAGACUGAUGCGAAGAAAAGAAUUAUUAUUAAUGAACAAGGUGAAUUUAACGCGCUUUCGGAAUGGUUACUAGAAACCGAUGGCACUUCAUUACUUAAAGUUCUCUCGCAACAAGGAGUGGAUCCAUUUAGGACAUACAGCAACGAUAUUUGUGAAGUAUUCCAAGUUCUGGGUAUUGAGGCUGUACGUAAAUGUUUGGAAAAGGAAAUAAAAGCAGUCUUGGAGUUUUAUGGUCUAUAUGUGAAUUACCUCUCGUUGCUUUGUGAUGUUAUGACGGCUAAAGGUCAUCUUAUGGCUGUCACACGCCAUGGCAUCAACAGGCAGGACACUGGUGCUCUCAUGAGAUGUUCCUUUGAAGAAACGGGGGACAUCUUGUUUGACGCUGCUGGUUAUGCUGAAGUCGAUCCUAUGAAAGGCGUCUCUGAAAAUAUAAUCAUGGGCCAAUUGCCAAGAAUAGGCACAGGUUGCUUUGAUUUGGUACUAGACGACACGAAAUGUAAACGUGCUAAACCCAUGGGUGGUCUUAUUGGAUCGGGUAUAGGUUUCGGAGUCGGGUCUAUGUAUUUUGGCGAAAAAACGUCACAUAUGGCAACACCGACGACACCGUGGACUACUCAGAACUCGCCAGAAUAUUAUGGAAGUAACAUGACACCCGGAGGCCCGUGCUUCUCACCAAAUAUCCAGCCAGAUGCUUCAAAUAUAUCUCCUGCUUACAGCGCGUGGUCACACCAAAUCGGUUCACCGUCACCCGAGUACCCAGCCACUUCACCUUCCUAUUCUCUGUCAACACCUAGCUAUUCACCAAACUCGCCGAGCUAUUCUCCUACAAGCCCUGCUUAUUCUAUCACUUAUCCGAGCUACUCACCGACUUCACCUAGUUAUUCCCCAUCAACAAAAUUACCUACAUAUUCUCCUACAAGCCCCACCUACUCUCCUUCAAACUCUGAUUACUCUCCCUUCAACCCUGUUUACUCACCAACAAGUGCCGGUUACUCCCCAAAAAGUCCUACUUACUCUCCUUCAAGUCCUACAUACUCUACAACAAACCCUGCGUAUUCUCCAACUAGCCCUGCUUACUCUCCUUCAAGACCUACUUACUCUACAACAAACCCUGCUUAUUCUCCAACCAGCCCAUCUUACUCUCCUACAAGUUCGUCUUAUUUCUCAACAUCCUCAUCAACUACAUAUUCUCCAACGUCUCCAUCUUAUUCGCCAUCGACGCCUAAUUAUUCAGCGUCAUUAAUAGAUUCUCCUUCGUUAACAAUGUCUUUUAUUGACACGAGCCCUGCACAUUCUCCGAUCAGUCCAACGUAUUCGCCAGGUAGUUCAGAAAACUCUCCCAAUGGACACACAGGGGACAGUGAACGUGCUAAUACUUGAGGAAAAAAGACCUAUAACUCUGGUGACUAGGUAUUUAAUGUGCUGGUGUAGGUGUUUAAGGUUUAGAAGAUAGCCAAGAUAGGUAUAGACACAUGUAAU